UUCAUUCAUCCAAAAAAGGGUCCCUUUCUCUCUCUCUCUCUCUAAUGGCUUUUCCUUACAAUCCAGCACACCAUAAGCAACUAAUAUAAUAACUCUCUCUCUCUCUCUCUCUCUCUCUCUCUCCCUCUUACUUACUGUUUAGACUCUGGAUCACCAUUGCAAAGUGUAAACAGAUCUUUGUAACUGCCUCCACAACAUGGGAGCUUGUUUGAGUGCUCAAAUUAAAGCUGAAAGCCCCAAUAACACUGCAGGGUUAAGUUCGAAGAAUGUGAGUACAAAUGGAAAUGAUCUCAGCUGCGCAAACAGUAAUGGUUUGGCUGCUUCAGUGGCUCAAACUCCGCGUAGUGAGGGUGAGAUCUUGCAGUCAUCUAAUGUAAAGAGCUUUACCUUCAUAGAACUUAAGACAGCCACCAGAAACUUCCGUCCAGACAGUGUGUUGGGAGAAGGUGGGUUUGGAUCAGUUUUCAAGGGGUGGAUUGAUGAAAAUACAUUGGCUGCUGCCAAACCUGGCAUUGGCAUUGGUAUUGCUGUGAAAAGGCUAAAUCAUGAAAGCUUCCAGGGUCACAGGGAGUGGUUGGCUGAAGUCAACUAUCUUGGACAGUUUUCUCAUCCACAUCUAGUGAAAUUGAUUGGGUAUUGCCUUGAGGAUGAACACCGCCUUCUCGUCUAUGAAUUUAUGCCUCGUGGGAGCUUGGAGAAUCAUUUGUUCAGGAGAGGAUCGUAUUUUCAACCUCUUUCUUGGAGCCUCCGUGUGAAAGUUGCUCUUGAUGCUGCCAAAGGGCUUGCAUUUCUGCACAGUGCUGAAACAAAAGUGAUAUAUAGAGAUUUUAAGACUUCAAAUGUCUUGCUGGAUUCAAACUAUACUGCAAAGCUUUCUGAUUUUGGGCUGGCAAAGGAUGGUCCAACAGGUGACAAAAGUCAUGUCUCCACCAGGGUAAUGGGAACCUAUGGAUAUGCAGCUCCUGAAUAUCUAGCCACUGGUCAUCUUACUGCUAAGAGUGAUGUCUAUAGUUUUGGAGUUGUCCUGCUGGAAAUGCUAUCUGGUAAGAAGGCAGUGGACAAGAAUAGACCAUCUGGACAACACAACUUGGUGGAAUGGGCUAAACCCUACCUGGCUAACAAGCGUAAGGUUUUCCGAGUGUUGGACAGCCGGCUCGAAGGGCAGUAUUCAAGCGAUGAGGCCUACAAGGUGGCCACCCUUGCUUUGCGCUGCCUAUCAACCGAAUCCAAGUUCAGGCCAAACAUGGAUGAAGUAGUUAAAGCUUUGGAGCAGCUGCAGGUUUCUAAAGUGAAAGGAGGCAAUCAAAAUGCUUCUGCUAAUGGAGCUCGAAUGCGUAGAAAAAGUGCUGAUGAUGUUGGCCGUGUGAGGACCCUGUCAUCUUAUCCCCGCCCCUCUGCAUCCCCUCUCUAUACAAACCUUCGAAGUUAACAAAGUUGAAAGUACAUGAACUCAGGUAUCUCUGUUGGUAAAUAGACUUGUACAUAGUAUUCAGCUAGUAUAUUCAGAACCAAGCUUCUCUGUUGGCAUUGCUGAGUGUGAUUGCUAAUGUCCUCAAAUUUAUAUUGCACAUAUUCUGAGUUCUCUAAAGUGCUUGUAACAAUCAAAACUAGCUGGGGAGGCUGGUACUUUUGCAGAUUGCUCCGGUUAGAUCAUUUUUGUUCUAUUCUAUAUCGGUGUGGUGCGGUUGCUUAAUCUAUUUUGUAAAACAUCGUUGCCAUAUCGGGCUUCCACAUCAAGCUUCAAACAUGCGAAAUACAAUUAAAAGCUGAUGGUUUAUUCUAUGUGUUUCAAUUCUUUCA